GCGACGACCGUCGGUCGUGCCGCCGUCAACGUCGCGCCGCUGCCGCGUCAGCGUCAGUCGCUUUCGGUAUUUUGUUGUGUGAGGAUCGUGGCAGGCCGUGUUCAUUGCUGCCCGUCUUUCGUUGGCACCCCGACACGCGAGGGUUGGACACAUACGCGGUGCGGCAUCGCGACUAGUGAUAUAGUGCCUUUACAAACCGGGGAACAUAUUACAAUCACCGGCUAGGAUUAUUCCUGAACACUAACGAUAAGUUUAGAGAACAUACACGACACAACAAGUGCAGCAGAAGAAAGCUUUAAAGUCCAACAAGAAUUUCAGUAACUUCCAACAAGAAAUCAAGUUGAUACUAAGUCUAAAGCUUUUUUGUAGUGGUGGAGAUAGUAGCAAGGUUAUAGAGAUAUAAAUUUAAACAUUUGAUACCAAAUAGUUUGAAUAAACCGGGAUAAUACAUCGUUGAAUCUAGAUCUACGAAAGCGAAGAUACAGCAUUUCGAAGAAAAACACCGCAUCUAAACGUCCAACUGUUGCUUUUCCCGGCUAACUAGAUGAGGAAGCUUUAAGGAACAAGCAAGGGACACAACAUUUAAGAAAAGUGCCUCAAACCAUUAUUCCAUCAAAAUAUAGAAUUUUGCUGUUCAAGCCUGAAGCGUGAAGUAUCCCAACCUUCUACAACCAAGGUUGAAACGACAAAUAGUAACAAGAAGGCGAGGGGAAGCUAUUACAAAUAUCAGAAAAAAGUAACCAAAAUCAGACCCUGAAUAGGUUUCGUGCAAGAUAUUGUACAAAACAGAUUCAACAGCUCGAAAGAUCUUCAAACUUGCAUAACUAGAGAUCAUAACCUAUAAUCACUCUUGAGGUUACUUGUUAUACCUAGUAGAAGUAGUGACUACGUGCCAUGUUAUCGCUGUUGCAUCAGAUGCAUCCACAAACAUUAGGAAGUUGAACAAUUAUCUAAUCUUGGAACCACCGUACACACAUUUUGAGGUUAUGUGAUAACAAGUCAAGAAUUUCUGUCAGGUAUCAAUGUACAGUAACCUUGAGCUGUUAAUUAAGUUAAUUGAUAUAGUAUUUGAUUCGACUUGGUCAGUUGUCUGUGAAGAUUGGGUUCUUGGAAGACUGAAUUUAAAUGAUAGACUAUUUUAAGUACUUUGACGUCAUAAAAGAUUAAAAUACAGUUAGCGCCCUGCAAAGCAACCUUGACGUCUCUGGAGCAAUCAGAGAGCUUCACAAGUUAGCAAUAGAAAUUUCAAAACCGUUCUAAUGAGCUAUAUACGUACUAUAAGGAGCCAUAGAAGAGAGAGUUCAGUUAAUGAAUCAAGUGCAGAAAGUUUCGAAGAAGCUUUCGGUACUAAAAGAAAGAGCCUUACAGUUGAAAGUAGUACCAGAAGUGGUAGUAAACCUAUAAAAAUCAAGAACGCUGGGAGGAAAUGUCCUGAGGUAGUGUAUGAGAGGAAAGAACAUCCCAUUGAGGUGAGGACUUUUGUAAAAACGAUCCUACCGGUACGUACCGGGGUUUAUUGAGUGAUAAUUUUGACUUUAUUGAUCGUGGAUACCAAGAUAGCCGUGAUAGGCGGUAAAGUGAGUAGGUGUGGGGAGCUGUGCAGCGGUACCGGUGGCACCGUGGCCCCCAAAUGGUGCCGGUGCGACCGUCCGAGCCUCAUGUUCCCUUUCCGGUCGCGCAGGUCGAACUUGACUCGCCGCCUGAGCAAGGCCACUCGACGCGGCGUUGCCGGCUGCUCAAUGCAGACUGGGGAUGUCACGGUACUGCUGAAGAAGCUGCAGGACGCCCAACUGGAUACCCUGGCCAAAGCGGUGGAGUCCAGGGGACGCGAACCUACCGGAUGCGUACUGCUGCCCUACAAGGAGGAACCGCAUCUGCUAUGUUGUCAGACGUGGAGGUGGCCAGACUUGCGCAGUGUGGACGAGAUCAGGAGACUGCCUAGCUGUAGGUCCAAGGUAGAUAAGGUCUACGUCUGCUGCAAUCCUUAUCAUUGGAGCAGGAUCUGCGUACCUGAUUGUCCACCACCACCUUAUAGUAGAACUAAUGAAGAAAUGUUACGACCUGAAGAUCGUGCACCAAGCGAAGUACCUUUGUUGUGUAGGGACUCUUAUCUUGGGUCAUUUACAACAAAUGGUGAUACUCCAUCGAACCCGAGCGAGUGGUGCAAGCUGGCGUACUGGGAGCUGUCCGAACGAGUGGGGCCGCUAUUCUCGGUGGACCGCCCUUGUUUUAACGUCUUCGGGGACGUGGCCCAUCCGGACGGGCUCAGUUUGGAGACAUUGGCGAUGACAGGGCAGAGAAAUGGGUAUAGGGGCGGGGGGGACGGUAGAGGGGGCAGGUCGCCACCCCCUGACGCGGCUGUGCAACGGACUAGGUGUAAAAUUGGACUAGGUGUGACACUAUCUCGAGAGGAGGACAGCUGCGUGUGGGUGUACAACCGAUCGGACAAUCCGAUUUUCGUAAACAGCGCUACCCUGGACGUGGCACCACCCCCCGAGCAAUCGCACAUGCUGGUGGCCUGUCAUCAACCUACUAGAGUACCUGCCGAUCACUGCCUUUGCGUCUACGACCCCCAUAAGGCAGCGCAAAACUACGGGUGGACAUUUACGCAUCCGAUUUACGGUCCAGUGGACCCCAACUCUAUCCGAAUCAGCUUCGUGAAGGGCUGGGGUCAGAAGUAUUCGCGCAGGGAGAUCAAAUCGUGCCCUUGUUGGUUGGAGAUACUACUGGCUCCAUGCAGGUGAUCCGAAAUAGCCGCCGCAAUCGCCUGCAGCUACCUAUUUUGUUAUUAUGUUGCGUGGGUGAACGGUGAAGAGUGAUUGUUAUGAAGGAUGAAAUACGGGUGUGUCUGAGGAAAUGUUGGAGUUUGCGGAAAAAUAAAGUGGGAGCUUACACAAGACCAAUUUUCAAUCAAGUAUCAAAAUCCUACAUGAGCCUGCACCUAUUUAAAUUAUUGUUGCCCAGCUGCACAUGUUUUUAUUAUUUUGUAUAAAUAAUACACGUAUCGUACUACAAGAUAGCAUUUUUGUGCUGUACAACAUGCUGAAGUCCCAGUAUCGCACCCAUAUAUGGAGGACAGUAUAAGUGACAAACUAGCAAAAUUAAGUCAUGUAAAAUGUAAAAAUAAACGUUUCAAUCUAAGUGAGGUUGGUCAGGUCCACACUAUUGCUUUCUUAUGGAAACACUGCAGAGCAUUUAACAACUCAGCAUGCAGGCAUUUAUAAAAUUUGAAAAAUUCGCAACUUAUGUCACUGGUAUCUUCCUCCUUAUAAAAGUGCGAUAUUAGCUCUUCAUCGGCCAUUAUACAAGACCAAUAGAUAAGGAAACGUAGCCACUUUAUUUCCGUGAAACCUCGCUCCGAACAGAUCGUAAGUCUGACUAUGAUUAUGUAUAAUAUUAAAAGAAAAUGUCCGUACAGCCAGAGACAUUUCAGUUGCCAUACCUUAAAUUGCCGUAGAGCUGCAAUCAUCUGAAAUUUCUCCUACUGUACCACUGAAACAGAGAAACGCACAUACGAGGCGCGUUCGGGUGUUAAUGACUUUUAUAAAGUCGGUAUAGUUUUCGAUCGUCCCUCGUAUGAGCGUGUCAUGGCGUCUCUUCCGUCCGAUAUAUUAACCUGGCGCUGAAGAUUUGAUAGGAAUUGUUUUUAUCAGUUUUGUCAAAGGCCUGGUUUGGUGUUAAUGAGCAUAUAUUCACGAACAGAAUGUUUCGCGUACUCUCUUUCGUACUAAAGUAAAGUGUACUUUAAACACAUAUCCGUACUAGACACAGUCAAUAUUAAAAGAUUAAAACAAAAUACAAUAUUUGUGUAUUAUGUUUUAGUGUAAGGAAACUUACAACCGUACUAUUUUACUGGCAUUAAUGUUUUUUUUAAUUUUAUUUUUCCAUGCGAAAGGAACACUUUCAAAUUUAGUAUUAUAAACACUUCUCUCUUAUGGCCAAAAAUAUUGCCGCUUCUUCACUUAGGGCCUGCUUAUUGUGUUAUUUGACAUGGCAUUUUUGACAAAUGGGAGUGAGUUCUAAAAUAUGUUUCUCAAUGGAAAAUGACCGCUUUUUUCAAUUUGAGGGCUCCUUAUCCUUGCAUAGUCCUCAACUUCAAGGCGUAUUUAUUUCCAAGUUUUCUCUUAGGAAUGCAGAUGGCCGCUCAUUUUGGUUCUUAUGUCUAUUGACAACAGACUCUAGGUCAAAAGAAGCAUCAAUAAAAUAUAUAUUAAAUUCCCCUUUUUGACGUGUCACCACUGCAUGAAGCCAUGUAACAUUUACUUGUUGAUAAAUGAGAGUAAAUUAAAUAAACAAUGUUUGAUAACCGGCGUAUUUAUGAGUGGAAGUGAUAAUGUCUGAGUAAAAUAGAAUUAUGACGAUAUCGCUUAGAACUCGGCUGACCUUUUAUUAUUUAUACGAAGACAUAAUAAAUUCUAUUUUAAAAUAUUUACAAAAUUUGUGGUUGCGAACGUCAUCUCGUUUGCAAUUUCCGAAAACUAUUGUGAUAAUUUCAUCUAGAAAGAUGAAGAUCAACAUGCCAUUUGAAUUUAUCGUUCAUGAUCUAGGCUUUGAAUUACUUCAAAUCAGGCUUUGAAAGUUAUGUUCGUCUUGUAUACUUCCGUACUUGUCAUAUAUUUUAUUGAACGUACUAUGAACAAUAAUAAAAUGAUCCAUGUCUCUGAGCUAAUAAAAAUGUGGCUGGCAAAUAUAUAGAAUGUACAUGAAAAACAAUUUUCAUUUUCCCUGCUUUUUUUAUAGAUGAAUACAUCUUACAGAAGAGAUGUACUUUGUGAGGUUAGUCUUUUUUAAAUUUUUCAUAUAUACAGAUAUGGGCACGAAAAAUGAAUUAGCGAUUCUGAUAAUAAAAAUAAAAUAAAGCUAAAGGGUUUUAUGAUCUCUUUUCUGUAGUGAUCGGAGUUUUGACAUCAUCUAAUGCGACAUUUUUUGUGCUCACAACUGUAUCAGGUGCUUAAGGACAAUGUAGAAAAAUGUCCAGUUAGUCAGUCAGGGACCACUUUCAGAUUUUUGUUCUUAUAAAAUAGAUGUUAUUUGUACUGCAUAUACAUGAAGUGACUUUUCAGACAGAUCUCUACACAAAAGUUUUCAGUCAGAACUAACCCGAAGGAAUGUCGUUAUAUUCGAACGGCAUCGCGCAUUUAAACAAAAAAUACACAUAUACUUAUCAAAAUUUAAUGAAAACAGGAAAUUUAUAUGUAAUAAAAGCAAACAUUCUGUUUUGAAAGUGAUGUAUGAAGGUUUUGUCUGAAGGAACAAAACAAAUAUUUCGCAGGUUUUUAUGAGCAUAUUAAACAACGGAAAGACAUGAAAGUCACUUUGUGUGUCAUGUAAAACAUGUAGAUCAGAAACAAAAAUUGCUAAUCUGCAGCAAAAACAAAAUUGUACUAGAAUGAAAUGAAAAACACUUGAAUUCAUUCAAGAUAGCUCAGUGCCUGUAUCACAUAAUUUUAACGUACUUAUUUUGAGUAAUACAAAUAUUUUCGUAUUUUUUGUUUUGGAGAUAUUUGUGAAUAUAUGCAAACUUGUUACUAGUCAUAUGCCAGGCCCAGCCUUUGCAAAUUAGAGUGCCUUUUAAACAACAGCAAAAUAUGGAUAUAGUAAUGUAAAAUAUUGUAUUAUAACAAUAGAAAUUUGUAAUUAAUUGUUUUUAUUUAUUAAUCCAUUAUACAUUUUUGUAUAUCAGAAUACAUUUAUAUGAAAC